AUGGAAUCUCCAUCGUCAGCUAAACCCAUCAAAUCCCCCGUUAGAUCCCUCUCAAGAGCAGACUCAUCCCACAGCCCCCACUACGACAAGGAUCUGCCCCCAACCCCUACCUCUUCCAACCACCUUGCUCACCCUCCUCCCACCUCAACAACAGUAACAGCAACACCCAUCGAAAUCGGACUCCACCAUCAUCAUCAUCCUACAACUACCGGACUUGAGCCAACUCCCGACAACUCAGCCCUUCAACUGCCUCCUUCCACCCCGUCCUCUUCAUCCUCAUCCUCCCACUCCAACUCUCAUUCGCACCCCGUCACUUCCUCUGCUGCCACUGCCACCACUUCACAAACAACAACACCAACCACUACAGCAAAGCGAACUGCAGACCGCCCUCAGAGCAUAGCCCUGACUCCUGGAACAUUUGAGCGAGAGGACCUCUUGGUCUCCUCUCCACAACCUUCGUCCUCUGAGGAUAAGGAGAGGAUACUUUCCAAGAGAGUUACCCUGUUGGGUCCUCCUCCACCCUACAACGGCUCUGGCGAGUCGCCCGUUGCACUGGACCAGCAACAGUCCCAGCGACACAACUACCAGCAACAUGACAGUCGCUAUCAGCAAUAUGAGCUCCACCCGCAACAGCAACAAUACCAGGGCCAUCAACAACAGCACCCCGAGAGUGCCCUCAUCUUGUCACAAGAUAAUACCCCGUCCUCGUCGCGCACCACUACCACCACCCUCACCACCCGCACCUCCACUACUCCUGAACCCUCUAAUGGCCUCCAGCUUGCUCAUCAUGUUCAGGACAGGAACGGCCACACCUCGGACGACCCAGCAGUCUUACCUUCCAACCAGCACCACCGCUCCGAGAGCAUGAACCAGCAGAACGGUCAUACUGACUCUCACAGAGAUAGAAACAGGGACUUGACUGGCAAGAGCCAUCAUCAACAGGAGGGACAGGAUGGCCUGGUUGCUCAGGGAGGAGCACCAGUGGAUGCUAACGGAGAAGACCCUGCUCGGGUCAAGCCCCGCAGAGUCCUCGGCAACUAUCAUAUGUCCAAAACACUCGGUGCAGGAAGCAUGGGAAAGGUCAAGCUGGGAGUUCACAGCCGUACUCGCGACAAGGUCGCGAUCAAGAUUAUUCCCCGUGUGCAACCUAAUCCAAACAUGACCCCCGCACAACAGGAAAAGGAGGACAACCGAGAGACAAGAACCAUUCGCGAGGCGUCCAUUAUGAUGGUGCUGCACCACCCCUACAUUGUCAGUCUCUACGAGGUCAUGGUCUUACCCCAUCAUUACUACAUGAUCCUCGAGCACGUCGACGGUGGACAGAUGUUGGACUAUAUCAUCUCCCACGGCAAACUGAAGGAGAAGCAUGCGCGGAAAUUUGCCCGCCAAAUUGCUUCAGCCCUCGACUACUGCCACAGAAACUCGAUUGUGCACCGCGACUUGAAGAUUGAAAACAUUUUGAUUUCAAAGUCUGGAAACAUCAAAAUCAUCGACUUUGGUCUUUCGAACCUCUACUCGCCUCGCUCUCACCUUUCAACCUUCUGCGGCUCUCUUUACUUUGCUGCCCCAGAGUUGUUGAACGCCAAGGUUUAUACUGGGCCAGAGGUCGAUGUCUGGAGUUUUGGAAUUGUUCUUUACGUCCUUGUCUGUGGAAAGGUCCCCUUUGACGACCAGUCUAUGCCAGCUCUCCAUGCGAAGAUCAAGCGCGGCUUUGUCGAAUACCCAGCGUGGCUCAGCAAUGACUGCAGACACUUGCUUUCAAAGAUGUUGGUGACGGUGCCAAGUCAGAGAGCGACGAUGGCAGAGGUUCUAGCGCAUCCCUGGAUGAACAAGUCAUACGACCUUCCUCAACCAAGCUAUUGCCCACAGAGAAGUCCUCUGACUGAACCCCUGGACCUGAAUGUGAUUCGCGGCAUGACAGGAUUUGAGUUUGGAUCGGAGCAGGAGAUUGAGCAGAGAUUGUUGUCGAUCAUCCGGAGCGAAUCGUACCAGCUGGCGGCCAGGAACUGGCAUGCACUCAACAUGUCUGUCAGCGGCACACUCUCGCACAAGAAGAAGAUGCAGAGCUUUGCAGCACGAGAGGCUGAGCUUCAGAUACCCUUGACGACACCCUUGACGUCGAUCUAUCAUCUUGUCCGAGAGAAGCAGGCACGCGAAGCAAUGCAGCGCAUGUCAGCCCAGGGACUCUCGCCCGGCGUUCAGAAUGGAAAUGGAUCUAUGAUGGACGGCUCAACUUCCCACCAGUAUUCUCAAUCGACAAUGAUGCACCCGCAACAACAGCUCCAGCAACAGGCGUCGACGUCGCAUGCUCAGGCACAGUCGCUUCACCGCCAGAGCAUGAGCCAUAUGUCGAACGACCCACGAGCAGGAUUGGAAGGCCAGAGCGACCGCCACAGCACUCAUGGCAACAGCAACACCAUGGGACCUAGCAGUGCGAUGGCAUCGGCGCGAUCGACGCUGAGUGGAUUUGCUUCGUUUGGACGAAAGAGUCUUCGACCCCGGGCUCGAUCGGUUGCUGGAGACUUGUUGCGGUCCAACACGACAGGACAUGCCAGUGGCAGCAACGCCAACACAAACACUGGCAACAACAACAAUACCUCGACACAAAACGGAAGUAGUAAUGGCAACGGCCAUGGACAUGGAAACGGAUCUCUGCAUGGCCCCAGUCGAGAGGGGUCGAUCAAGAGCAGCAAGGGCUCAGAGCGUGGCCUGGGUCAGUCGGCAGCGGCCCAUGCGGCUCGUUCUCUGUUUGGCAGUGUGAGGGAGUCGAGUGGAGGAGUGCUUCGACGACUGAGCCUUGUGUUUAACCAUGGAGACCGUGACAAGGAGAAGGAGAAGGAGAAGGACAAGAACCGCGACCACCAAGGCGGUGAUGGCCGAAACCAGCCUCGGGAGCCGACGCAUGUGCGCCAUCAUUCGACGAAGCUUGAGCGAGCCACGACGUCGCCUAGACCGUUCAGCUUCGGCCGGCCGCAGUCGAUGCGUGCUCGGCCGAUCUCGAUGGCCGAGUCCCUUGACCGACCCCUGCCACCGAUGCCCAAGGAGCACUAUGAACCGUCGUUCACCUCUAUCCCCUAA